AUGGUAUCCCUGAAUCUGCUAACAACGGCUGUGUGUCUCGCCGUUGCGGCGUCAUCCCACGCUGCCGCAAAGCCGUGUGACCGUGAUGCCAAGGUGCCGUCUGUGGCCUUGGAGCAAGGGACAAUCAACGGGAUGCUAGAUGCCCACGACAACCACGUAUAUCUUGGCAUCCCCUUCGCUCAGACGACUGGGGGCGAGAACCGGUGGAAGAAGCCUCAGGACCUUCCCAAGUCGAAGCAUGCCGUCCUGAAUGCCACAUCGUAUGGCCCAACAUGCCCACAAGCGAUCACAAACCCCCUUUACAGCCGUCAGGAUGAGGAUUGUCUGAACCUCAACGUGUGGACCCCUUCGACGGGGACAAAGCUUCCUGUCUUCGUAUACAUGUACGGCGGCGCCAUGGUCACCGGGUCCAGUAGCAACCCCCAGCUGCAGGGCAACAACUUCGCUCGUAAGGGUGUCGUUUAUGUCAGCUUCAACACGCGCGAGAGCAUCUGGGCCUCGCCCAACUCGGCAGAGCUCCAGGGCAAGAGGAAUCACAGCCAAAACUUCGGCAUCCUGGACGCCGAGAAGGCGAUGGACUGGAUCCACGAGAACAUAGAAGCGUUUGGCGGCGACCCCGACCACAUCGUCUUUGGCGGUCACUCGUCGGGUUCGGUGCACGUCGACCACUACCUGUGGAACCACCCAAACACCUGGCUCAAAGGCGCGGUGGAAAUGAGCGCCAACGCGAUUUCCGGCCCGGCCUACGCGCCGACUAACGUCGCGCUCGACGCCGUCGCCGCCGAGGUGGGCUGCGGCCCCGGCGAGGGCCAACUCGAGUGCCUGCGCCAGGUCGACAUCUACGACAUCCAGACGGCCAAGUUCAACUCGACGUACAACACGUGGUUCGCGCCCGUCAUCGACGAGGUGACGCGCUUCUCCGACUACGUCGCCCGCUUCGCCGCCGGCGCCUACCCGUCGCACGUGCCGCUGCUGACGGGAAACUCCAACGGCGAGGGCACCAUCUUCUCGCUCGUGUACUCGGACGAGAACAAGGAUUUCGCCUCCUGGAUCAACACCUUCGACGCCGACAGCGCCCACAUUCCCGACGAGGUGCUCCUCUCGGCCUACGACCCCGACGACUUUGCGACACAGUCACUGAUGAGCGGGACGCAGUACGGCGACGCCCGGUUCGACUGCGCCGUCGACUACUUCGUCGACCUCCGCAGCGCGUGGCAGCCGACCUGGACAUACCGCUUCUUCGGGGAGUACGACAACGUCGUCGGCGUGCCUGGCACGGCCCCAACACACGGAACUGAGGUUCCCUUCUUCCUUGGCGGCAACGAGUGCUUCGAAUCCCUCUCCAAUGUCACCGCGGCCCAGCAGGCCUUGGCCGACUCGAUGAAUGACUGGUUCGUGUCCUGGAUCAAGGACCCCGCUGCUGGUCCGGGCUGGCCGCUGGUCCAGCCAUUUUUGGGCGUCGUCACGAAACUCGGCGUCCCCGGUGAUGAGCUUUCGCUCAUCGAGGGGCUUACGUCAGAUUUCAACCUUCGCUGCGAACUCGUGUACAAGCCAUUCUACCCCUACUACCCCAUUGUCCAGAGCCCAUUGUAG